AUGAUGUUGUUACUAGGGGAUGUUUUUCCUAACUUUUCUGCUAAUACAACAGACGGUGAAAUAGAUUUCUAUGAAUGGCUUGGUCAGUCAUGGGGCAUACUUUUCUCUCACCCCUCGGAUUUUACACCAGUGUGUACAACUGAACUUGCCAAGGUGAUAAAUUUGCAACCAGAAUUUCAGAAGCGCAAUGUCAAGACAAUUGGAUUGUCAUGUGAUUCAGUUACAUCUCAUAAGGAGUGGUGUAAAGAUAUUAAGAGUUAUGGAGGCUGUACUGAUGAUGAUAAGUUUCCUUAUCCUUUAAUUGAAGAUAAAGAUAGAAAAAUAGCUAUGAAACUGGGUAUGAUUGAUAAGGAUGAGCUAGAUGCUGUUGGCAUGCCCCUCACUGCUCGUGCUGUGUUCAUUAUAGACCCUAACAAAAAGUUUAGAUUGUCUUUGCUGUAUCCUGCCACUACUGGUAGAAACUUUGAG